AUGGGCUUCAAGUUAACUGAUAAUCAUUUACUAUAUAUAAACUCAAAACCAUCUAAACACCGAAGACGUCGAGCUGCAUGGGCGGCAUUCAACGGAAUCAAGAACCCUACACACUCCAUUAACGACAAGAAAUUUCGCGCGAACCUGUUCGACUCAACCCCCUUCAGCAGAGCCUUAUCCGAAAGAGUAAGAAUAACACAUGCCUCCCUAGAAAGACGGCUGGUUGGACUCACUCCUACAAUGUCUCGAGCAAGAGUUCCACUCAACUUCAUAAAAAUGCAAAUCCGACCAUGGAACGGGAAAAGGCCACGUGGACGGCCACCAAUGUGUUGGACUGAUUCGCUGCAAAAGGAGAUCACCACUCGCGCAGCAAACGGAGAAGUUAUCAGAAUAUGGUCCACUAUUGCUAAAGAUCGCAAAGAAUGGAUUGCUCUGAUCCGCAAGUUUGUCAAUCUGUAG